CACCACCACCACCACCACCACCACCACCGCUAUCUCAUCGCCCAAUUCAUCGAUUCCCUCGUCAUCCUCGUCACUGGGCUGUCUAUCGCCUCGACACGCUCACUGAGGCUCUCGAUCAGCUGUUGUUGGACAGGCCAGCUAUUUUGGGGAUCAUACAGAAAGCAUUCUCAAGGAGGCAGAAGGAUGGCCGCUCUAGGAGAAUUACCGACCACUAUUGCGUCGCCGCUUGCCAAUCUCACCACCUACGAUCCAGAAUUUGACUCGUUCUUGAAUCUCGACCAAACCGCCUAUCCCUCCGAAUCAAUGAAAACGAACCCCUCUCUCAUCUCUCAACCGUCCAUGGCCGUUUCGGAAGCCAGCACAAGUGACUUAGGCCAGGCGUUUUCGGCCCCUAGUCAUCAGUAUGGAGACCACCAACAGCAGACUGGCCUGCCGCCAGGCGCUGUUGCCCAUGCUAUGACAUACAAUGAUACCGCGAUGGGGGUUUUUGGUGCUGGACACCAAGGAUUCUCCAUGAAUGAUGAUGCGCUGGUUCGCAUGAAGAGGGAAGAGACAAGUUUCGAUUUUGGCACAGCUCCUUCCCGCAGCCAUUCGGAAAUGGACGUUGAAAGCGAUACCACGAGUAACAUGCCCUACUUUGUUCCCACCACCAAUGCUGCCGCUCGGGCUCAACAGUUUGUUGACCCUCACGUCUUGGGCGGACAUCCAACAGUCGCUCCUGCGCCGCAGGCCGGUCGGAUGUAUCCUGGUAUGCACCAACAACAAGCUGCCAUGGCCCGCGCUGCUCAACAACAGCAAAGACAACAAACCGAGAUCAUUCGUCAACAGCAACCAAUGCGUCAAACUACUCAUCAAAUCGCCACGCCUGCAUCUCAGCCAACACAAAAUCGCCCCGCUCGCAACGUCGACCCUGUUGUUGAAGAGCGGAUCUCUCGCCUUUUGCAACAAAUGAGAGAGAACUCCAAUCAAGAUGGCAGCAAUUCCACCGCGACUCCGUCCUCGCUGCCACAUAUGUCCAAGCCCAAGAAGGAUGAUGAUGACAUGGAUGACGACGAGCGACUACUUGCCAGUGAAGAAGGCAAGAAACUCAGCAGUAAGGAGCGCCGUCAAUUACGGAACAAAGUCUCUGCUCGUGCGUUCCGAUCUCGCCGCAAAGAAUACAUUGGCCAGCUUGAAGGAGAGGUAGCCGCCAAAACCAAUGAAGCCAAUGAACUACGCUUGCAGAACCAUGCUCUCAUGGAGGAAAACAAUCGUCUCACCGACCUGACGCGUCUGCUUCUCUCAUCUCCCAGCUUCUCCGACUUCUUGAACGACUUGACAGUAAAUGGAAUGCCCCAGCAAUUCCAAACACCCCAGCAGACACCCCAACAACAACCUCAACAGCCUGCACCUCAAGCCCCGGUACCUUCUAAUGUACGCAAUGAAGGUAAUACUCAUAUGGGCGGACAAGACUUUCCUGCUCAGCAACAGCAAAAUUUCCAAGUUGGAAUGGUGAUGGUUCCCGACCAACGUAUGGACAUGUACGCUUCUGGCUGGAAUUCAGGGAUUGACUUGAACUACAACCCAUCCAUCUUUGCCGUGUUGGAGGUUCCGGAAGGCCCUGCUGUCGACACAGAGAUUCUCUCUGGAAAAUCCUCAAGCACGAUUCCAAUCACGUCAGACUUGUCUUCGUCCAAGGUAGAGGUCCCGCAACUUGACCGGCCCCCUGUUUUCAACACUCCAGGCCCCGAAGUUGUCAAGGAAGACACCGCUGCUUCGACUGCAGAGAUGGAUGAGUCAGACCCGUCCCUUGCUCUCUUCUUAGAUGAUAUCUCGAUUCCUUCGUCUGAAUCACGCUUCGUCAGUAUUCAGCCUGAAAAGAUUCCGCGCUACACACUUGUUGUUGACAGCGAGGAAUCUACCGAGGCCUCGGCAGCUUCUGUGCGCGCAUUUGAACGGUUGUGUGCAAGCAUGGACGAUGCGUUCGAACGAGUAUCAUUGCUCACAGCGCAUCUGCUGUAGAAAAAUUACCUUCUUUUGAUGACAUUUUCCCUAUUAUAUUUUGGUUUUGAUUCAUGCGAUAGAUCGUUCUCUCCACACAGGGAGUCUCUGGUUGGGAAGUAAAGGGGCCCAUUUCGUCGCUCAUUUCGUCGCUCAUUUCGAGGGGUCAGGUUUUGCAGGACUUGUUGUAUUUCCGGUGUUGUGAGGUAAAUAUAUUGGCAAGCGGAAGACUACUAUCUCUUCAUUCUUCAUUGGCUAUCUGGUGUUUUUUUUUGUCUAUAAGUGUCAUUACAACGAUGUAUCUAGUUGUCUUAUCAUUGUCUUCAACUGGGAAUUAUAUUCCCAUUCAAGCAUAUAAUUUUCUGAA